AUGUCUACAAAAGCGAUAGGAACAUAUGAAUCCUUUGAUCACGUUAUUUUCUGGGUAGGAAAUGCUAAACAAGCUGCUUCGUAUUAUACAACACGAUUGGGUUUCCGUCACAUAUGCUAUCGAGGGCUCGAGACGGGCCAUCGAGACAUCGUAUCUCACGUGGUCCGUCAGGGCAAAAUAACAUUUGUGUUUCAAUCAGCCCUUUCGCCCAAUGAUAAGGUCCUCGGACCUCAUCUCGUAACUCACGGUGACGGUGUUCGAGAUGUCGCAUUUACCGUUGAUAAUUGCCGAGCCGUUUUUCGUCAAGCUCUCAAUCGCGGUGCUACGCCAAUCAAAGAGCCAUGGGAAGAAAAAGAUAGAGAUGGUACGGUCGUCAUGGCUACUGUAGCUACAUACGGAGAUACAGUACAUACUUUCAUAGAAAGAAAGGCAUAUAGGGGUGUUUUCUUACCCGGAUUCGAAGUCAUAAAAGGGAAAGAUCCGCUGGAAGAUAGUUUGCCGAAUGCGGGACUAAUGUAUUUGGAUCAUGUCGUUGGAAAUCAGCCUGAUGACGAAAUGGCAAAAGUCUUUGGUUUCCAUCGCUUUUGGUCAGUUGACGACAAACAAAUUCAUACACAAUAUUCUUCUCUGCGCUCGGUUGUCAUGGCAUCCAACAACGAAUUUAUUAAAAUGCCAGUAAACGAGCCUGCCUCCGGUAGUAAGAAAUCUCAAAUACAAGAAUAUGUUGAUUAUUAUGGUGGAGCCGGAGUGCAACAUAUUGCAUUACGAACCGAUAAUAUUGUUACGGCAAUAACUAAUUUACGAGCAAGAGGACUUGAAUUUUUGGAUGUGCCUUCGAGCUAUUAUGAAAAUCUUAGGGAAAAGUUAAAGAGUGCGAGUAUUAAAGUUACGGAAGAUAUAGGAAUAUUGGAAAAAUUAAAAAUUCUAGUUGACUACGAUGAUGAAGGGUAUUUGCUUCAGAUAUUCACCAAGCCAUUGCAAGAUCGCCCAACAUUCUUUGUAGAGGUUAUUCAGCGAAAAAACCAUCAAGGAUUCGGUGCCGGUAAUUUCAAGGCUCUGUUUGAAGCCAUAGAAAGAGAUCAGGAAGCUCGUGGUAAUCUGUAG